UGGCCGAUGAGGGCAGGUAUGCACGAUUAACGGAUCCGUUCAUAAACAUGGCGACUACCAGGAGUGCUGCAAAACGUGCGGCUGAAGAAACGAAACAGGAACGAAGGGGCGAUAUUCAACAGGACGAAGAAGAGGAGAAUGUCAAGGAAAGCGAACAACCAUUGCAGCAACCUGAAGAUGAAAGCAAGCCCAAGCUUUUACCGGUCAUGCCAAGGAGUUUCAUGAGGGAGUUACUUUCGGAAUCCAUACUUGGGUUCAUAUUCUGGUCUGUCUUCCACGGCCUGGCUCCGAUGGUCUGGUUCUACCCUAUGAACGAGCUUCAGGUUACUGGUUACGAAGCUUUAGGCCUGAUCUGGAUGAUGCCGGUAGUCUGCGGCAUCGGAGCCAUCCGGGAUGCCGUACAGACACGCUGGGGGUUGUUCAUCCUGCGGGUUGUUAUGGUCACCAGCGUUGGGUCGUUCCAGGCUUCGACGACGCUGCAGAGGCUAGUGGUGCUGUCAGUUGGGAACGGGGCUGCAACAUUGUUAUUGUGCGGAAUGCUGUGGAACAAAUCUCUACACCAAAGAUCUGCAUCCUUCUGGGGCCUUAUGAUAGGAUUUUUUGUGCUACUAGCGGCAAGGAUAUGCUAUGUUUCCCUCAACCCAACGUGGACUGAUGAAAAGAGCAAUUCAUUCGUUAUAGCCCUGGGAGUCGUUGCUACAAUUGAUCGGUUCCUAUCAGCGGAGUACCCAGAGCCCCAGGCAGAGCCAGUCCCUGCAAUGGCCGCUUCGUGGAGGCGGACAGCCAUGGGCUUCGGCAGUCUUCUCUUCCUGACCCACUGGCUGUUUGGUGAGGUGUCGGUGGUGUGCCGAUGGACAGUGAAGGGGUUCCCUUUCCCUGGGCCUUCCCCGUUUCCUGGAGGCGCUGCCAUCUUUGUGGAGCUCCUUACCGGUUUCCUGAUGUCCUCCAAGAAGGGCCUACCAAACAACUUCCUCUGGUCCUGGUUUGUCGGCCUGCACUGCUUCGUUGGCCUGUACUACCUGAAUGCCUACUUGGGAUUCUUCUGCGGCCUGAUGCUGGCCAUGUACACCAUGUCCAUCUGGCCAGAGAUGGUGGAUCGAGUGACCAGCUGCCCUCCGGCCAGGACGCUGACCGCCGCCAUGGCCGUUUACCUCUUCUCAAUGCUGUUCUCUGUCUGGACGACGGCGUACAAUUUUGUGCCGGGCGGGGUGUAUUCAAGAGAGCAGUCCCUGCUGCUGGGGGCCUUCCUCAUGUUCAACAUCUUGCGAGCGUUGCUGUCAGGUGAGUCUAGAGACCACCAGGACCCACUCAGCAAGCACAUCGCCUUCCCCAACCUGGACGGAACAGGCACCUAUCAGAUAUUUGCCGAUGCCAAAAUGUAUCUGGUCCUCAUCCUCGUCAUCGGUAGUGGCGGCUUCUUCACCCGUUUCCACCCUGAGAGGUACCACCACCCACCCAAGGCCAACCCCAGAGAGUUCACCGGCAUGGUGUGGACCGCUCACUUCAUGUAUGACAACAGAGGCUGGCCGAGCUUUGAGAGGGCUGCCAAGAUGAUGGAAGACUCGGGUGCUGACGUGAUAGCCUUAAUCGAAGCGGAUGCCUCCAAGCCUUACCUUGGACUCAACGACAUCAGCAUGUGGUUGGGGGAGAGACUGGGCAUGUAUGAUGACUUUGGACCCACCACAAAAUCCCACACCUGGGGGAGUCUCUUCCUGUCCAAGUAUCCCAUUGUCUACUCAGACCACCUACUCCUCCCCUCCCCCGAGGGGGAGUUGGCCCCAGGGUUGCACAUGACCGUCAACAUCUCGGGCAAUCUGGUGGACUUUGUCACCUCUCAUAUGGGCAAUAGCGGGGAUGAUUUGGACAGAAGGAUGCAGGCUGAAGUUCUCUCUAACAUUACCAGGAGAAGCAAGAAUCCCACUGUCUUUAUGGGCUACGUCACCUCCGAGCCGGGCAGCCGAGACUAUAAAAAGUUCACCACGUUUGGAAAACUCAGGGACAUUGAUCCAACAGAUCAAAACAGGUUUUGUGAGUACAUCUUCUAUAAAGGAUUAAUUAGGAAAGCCUACGGUCGUAUUUCACAAGGGGGUCUGAGCGACACGGAAAUCCAAAUGGCCAGGUUUCUGAUCCCUGAUACCAAAACCUACAGAGAUAACGACGCCAUGACAACAAACCCUGGUGACGUGGAUGAAUCUGAUUGGCUGCCAAAAGCAUUUGGUUCCCAUUACGUCGGAGACUGGUACCCAGAGACCCAUCACUACCACAUGGACACACCAAAGUACUUCUAUAACAGCAAGGACCAAGAGCAGGCCGCAAAACCGGGGGAAAACGUGAAACCUGAUGAGAAGACGGACAAAGAGCCAAAGAGAGGAGAUGAACUCAAAGAAAAACAGUAAAAUGGAUGACGAGGAUUUUUACAAGAAGCCUGGUAUUCAUGAAAUUUGAUGAAAAAUCACCGGAAAAAAAUUAACAAAAAAUAUGUUUGAAACCUCUGAGGUUAUUGAAAGUUUUUGGUUGGGGCAUAAAAGUCCAGGUUUUUCCACUGGGUUUGAAAUAAUUUUUACUGCCCUCAAUAUUCUUCCGGGAGGUCACUAAGAUAUAUAUAUUUAUGGUCGUCCAGACUUUGCGAUGAAAUCAUGAAGAUUCUUCCAUGUGAUCAUUGAAGACUUUUGUUGUGAAGUUUAUUGUAUAUGUGAGGUUUGUGAAACCUCAGUUGUUAACCUCACAGGGGUUGAAAAUGGUGUAAAUUGACGAAAAAUUCAACUCUGAAGAAUUAAAUAAUUAUAUUUUGCCAGCUUUUCGUUUGUUGUAUAAAAUGGAGAGUAAAAAGAUGGUUUGAAAUGAGAAAAAGGAGUUUUUCUAUGCAGAAUAAUGAUGGUACUCAAUCACAAGAAUGAGUAUUAUUUUUGUAACGAUCCAUGAAAACUAAAAAUCAUGUUUAUUAAACAAAUGUACCUGGAGUUGGGGAAAAAGUUAAUGGUUUGACACGAGGUGACUGUAGAGCCUAUGCCGUUUACAAAAGCAUUGCUGAGAGAAAAAUUUAUAAUUUUAGGAGGUUUUCUAAAUGAGUUUAUGUCCAAAAAUCAAAUUUUGCACAUUGAAUGCAUGCACAAGUGAUGUGAUAAGGAACAGCCAACCUGAU